AUGGGGCUACAGGAAGGAAUGAAAGAGCGUUUUCACUGGGAGCUACACAACACUACAGAUGUAAUUGUCACAGAUGGUGGUUUCUCAUCCACGUGUAAAAAUUCGAUGGAUGUUAAAGAAGGAGAUAGACAUUUGUCGUACUGGAAGGACUCUUCAGUGCAUAGUAAAAUUCACAUAUUUUUCUCCACGCUUCUUUUUGCGAUUGUUUUAAUCGUGGAAAAUAUAACAAACUUCAUACAAUUAGAGAACUGCAAGUCUUCAGUCUCCUUUUACUGGAUACAGAGCUGCGUUAUUGUAUUUUCCUUUCGAUUUUGGGGAAGAAAACGAAAUCAAAGGUAAGUGAAAUUUUCGUCCGUCCUCUAUACUUCAUUAUGCAUACAGUACUUGGAUUGAAAAAUGAAAAAAAAAAAACAAAUCGAUGGCAAAAUAUUAGAUUACGUUUGCGACCUCGGUUUUGUUUCUGAACAGUACAGGGUUACACGGAAAUCUUUCUCGCCCGUAAUGGAAUAUCCUUUAUACAGCCAGAAGGUUUUUCCCAUUGUUGUGAUUCCUAUGAAAGUAACGUUGUUUGCUUGGUAUAAGAGUCUUUAACGCAAGGACGACGCGCGACUAAAAAUAAUAACUUGCGCGUGCAUAUGAAAUGUAAUAAAGGUGUUUUUGUCACGUCGUUGUCACGCUCUCGAAUGCCGCUUGAUCGCAAGUCGUCGAUGUUGAGAAUAAGGUGAUCUUCCGUUAAAAGAACAAAUUACUUUUAAAAAAUUUUGAACUUUACAUUUGGCUUUGUCCUUUGGUAUAAUGUGUAUACUAUUUAUACUUCCAUCUUUUAAGAUUUGGGGUAAUUUUCCGCCAUUCCGUCGCUCUGGUGGUUUUGUAAAGUCAAAGUUACCAUCAAGAAAAUAGAGUGCCUUCUGAGUAAAUCAUUCUUAGCGCGCUACCAUGGACAAAACUGUAUAUCACUGUAAAACUUAAAAUGCGUAGAUUCUGAAAGUAACAAAAUAUUAAAACGGCUUUUGGUUUGGUAGGCACGCGCAAGCUGUAAAAACACGACAACCUCCGAGUUACCGUGGACAUCCAAAAUUGGCUAACAUAGGGUGUGAGGCUUUUUCGAUAUUUCUAUUGGUUACUGAGAAAAUCUAUUUAUACAUGUACUUCGGUAGUUUUCUCACGCCGGGACGUCACCGAAUUAUAUUUCGAAUUUCGUGAAAGCUUCACACCAUUUAGUGCGUGAAUAUCUGGUCAAGUAUCAUCAAAACCCGAAAAAUCUAAAUUCCCAAUUGAUUCGUUCAAGUAGAGGUAACUCGCGUUAAAGGAAACCUCGAGUUCUUUGCCUGCAGAGAAAUUCGUAUUUUUCGCACAUCAUUUAUGAGCGUGACACAGGGGGCCAUGCCGCCGGCCAAUGUAACGCAACAUCGAAUCCCCCAACGAGUCUUGUGACCUUCUCGGGGAAAACAGCUUAACAGCGGUAAAUGAAUUCCAAAAAUCCAUUGCGAAAAACAAAUAGUAGGAAAAGUGGGCUAAAAAAAAAACGCUGGUGUGAGCGAGCUUUCUAGUAGAUGUUACCUACGCCAACUUUUCUUCUUUUUGGCCGUUUCAUGAAGACACUCUUCAUUCAGGGUUUUAAGAAAUAUGAACGAAAUUCCAUUUAUUUCCGUGGCUAUAAACUCGAUUUUAACACUCUGUUGGAGGCCUUUCGGAUUAUGACUGAAUAAAUAAUGACCUCUUUUUGCCAUUCAGUACCAGUUCCCCUAUAACACUCUUUCAUUCGCAUCUCGCUUUCUUUACUGGGUUUAUUGAAGGAUUUUUUUUCGGAAAAAUGAAAUGUCGAUGCUUUCGCUUACUUAGGAAAGAAAAAAAAGAAAUUUUGAAAAUUUGACCAGAUUUUGUUGACUAAAUGAAAACUGCUGGUAACAUCGACUUGCAGCUCUUUUAGUUUCUGAUUUCGAGUAAGUUAACGUAGUUGUGUCAUGAGUUGUUCUUGGGAACAAUUGGUGCUAUCAGCAUCGGUGUAUGUGCUGUUCCCACUGACCUUAUUUGUUAAGCUACUUGUAUCUCUAUAUAGUUCUUUUAUGAAGUUGAGUGAAAGACAUGAAAUCUUUCUAUGUUAGGGAAAUCCUGCUUAUGAAGCAGGAAACAACUCAUUGGGGUACUUGUGAUACAUCUUUCAGUGGAUAAAUAUCGUUUUUUAGGAAGCAAAAUUCAGCUUUACACUCAUUUUGACAUAGGUCAUCUAAAUUGAACAGGUCGUGCUGCCAGUAAGAGAAUCAGUGUAAGCCUUAAGACUAGUAAUGAUUGAGAUGAGGACGUGGACGACCAUGCAAUAGUUUCAAUGACAUCCUUCUAAGUGACAUCGACCCUGCGUCAGGUCUCUAUACUUCUCAUUCCCAUAUGCGCUGUAAUUGGUUAUUGGCCAUCCCCUUGGAGAUUAUUAAAAUCCUAUCUUAGAGUAUAGCUUUGGAAGCAUUGUAAUUAUUUAGAAUAAAUCAUUAAAUGUAAAUUUCUUCUUCAUCUGAAUCCUACUUGGUUUGUACCAAUUAAAGUCUCUUUAGUUUCAGGAGUCAAGAAAUUGAAAUUUUAAGUGCUACUGUGGUUCGUCCGCUCCUUUUCGAUAAAAUAUUUGCGCUUUGGUUUUAAACGUUGGAGGUGCCACUGUAUAUGCCUACAGUUUAUCUGCUAAAAGCUUUCUUUGGACUGGAUUUUAAUCAUUCCACCUUUGGGAUUUCUGCUGGAUCUGAAUCCUACUUGGUUUGUACCAACUGAACUUAACGAUCUUCUAUUUUAAUGAUUUUUUUUAAUGUAUAUAAUUAUUUUAUAUUUUUUUAGAACAUUUUAGUUUUCAUUCCUACUGUAAUUUAUUCUAAUUUAAAACCAUACAUGGUUGAAGAUGUAAAGAAAGAACCACAGUGUUCUAAUAAUUAUAUGUUUUUUUUUUUGGAAUCUAAUUCUACAUGCUGGAAGAUGUGGUGUUCUAAUGGUUUAUGUUUUGGAAUCAGGGUGGAGAGGUGGGUCCAGAGGUCUGGGUUCACGACAUGGCUGAGUCAUUGUGUUACACUUUACUCUCUCAGUGCCUCUCUUCAGCCAGGAAUAUGAAUAGGUACCAGACCAUUGUCAGGGAAGCCCAAUGAAAUGCUGGGACUUGCAUCCCAUCCAGGGGGGGAGUGGCAAUACUCCUAGUCGCUUCAUAUUUUGGAAUCUAGGAUAAGCUUCAGCUGGGUGUGCCAGCUGGGUGUAGCUGGAGUACAGAGUGACUUAAUUCUAUACAAGUCCCAACAACUCAUUUGUUUUCAGCCAGUCAUCAGCUGGUGGAAGAUACCUUCUAUUUUGCAAAAAUAAAAAUGGGAAAAAAGUUAAAUAAAACAGUGGAGUGAAAUAAUGUCAAAACCAUUUAGCCUUCUAUCCAGUGCUAAAACAAAGUAUAGACCCCUUGGGAGUUCUUCUCCCCUAAGUAAAUUUAAAAGAAAACUCAAUGAUAUGAGUUAUUCUGACUUUUGUGAAAAGUGUUUUGGUGUUCAUUAUAUGAAAUAGUGUUCCAGCACAAAUGUUGUACUCUGAUUGGCCAGGCUUCUAAAUCUGGUGUUUUAUCAGGAUUUCACCCUUAAAGUGUUUUGUUAGUUGAUUCUCCAUACCUGAUUGUUGGAUAGAGUAGUGUUAUUGUAAGGAGAAUUUAGAGGUUUAAGAAGGUCUAGAGAUUUCAACAACUUAUUACUCCAGUCAAAUUUCACUUUUUUUCUUAAUCUCGUAGAUAUCUCUGGCCUUAAUGGCACCUUUAGUGUUAAUAGCGUCCUGGUUGACUGGUCGUCAUGCCUAUCCUGACAAGAUUAUCCUAUUGGUGGCUACAUCAAGUUCACUUGUAAUGAUUCUGUUCUGCUCAUUUGAAGAUCAUCCUGCACAUUAUAGAAUGUCUUUUAAUCAUGGAGUUUUUGGCCUUCUAAUGGGCAUGUCUCUGGCUUUUUUUAUUGUGCAGGCAAAAAGAUGCUUGUCCAAGGUAAUAAUAUUAAUCAUGAUAAAACGAAUAACACAUAAAUGGGAAUUUAGUCAGGAACAUUUCACUAGGUGGCUCUUCUUAUCCAGUGUUUCAAAAUUGAAUUGGAAUUCAAUAAUGAUUUGAAACAAGAUAAUGUUCACAAUGUUGUUCUUGCAUGAUGAGUUUGCCUGACAUUAUUUUGUCAGCUGCCUAUAGACACCAAAUGCCUAACAAGUGAGUGGUGCCUUAAAAAAAUAACAUGAAAUAUUUUGACGUAAAGAUUUAUAAGUGCCCUUUUAACUAAUGCUUGUAAAAUUUUUUAUCAUAUGACCCCUAGGGUUCAGUUCACACUAUCCUAUAUAAAACCAUUGUGCAGAUCCCGCCUACACUGUUGUGUUUCUUUGGGCAAUAAAUCAUGUUUCAUACAUUGUAUUACAUAUGUUGAUAUGUUGCUAGGUUUUGACUGACAGAUAUGAACCCUGCUAUAGUCUACUUGCACAUAGAUGAGAUGAGUUUUUGAUGAGUUGCUUUUCAUCAGUUUGUGUUGAGUACUUGCAUUAAAAUACAGUCUUUUGGUGUAGACAGGUGUAAUUUAAUUGUGAAUUAGCAAGUGUGUAAAUGGGUGGCCAGAGUGACAAUGACAUCGUGGAAGCUGAUGGGUGUACAGUUGGAAAGCUUAAUUUAGGCUAGUCUGGUAAAAGGUUUGAACCUCUUAGUUAAUUCUGAGUUAAAAUCUCUUUUUAUCAAGUAAAUAUUUAUUUUUAUUUUUCAGUUGCAGGUUUCAAUUUCCCAGUUACUCUAUUUGCUAAAUUUUAGCUGUGUCAUAUGUCUUCCAUUUAUUGCCCUUCUGUGUGGUGAAUUACCUUAUCUAGAAAAGGAACUGUUGAAACGAGGUGCACUUGAACUAAUCUUCAGUAUCCUCAUUCUGGUGAGUCAUUUGAUUUUGAAUCAGACAGAGUUUCACCUUACAAUAUCAACCAGAUAAGUGAUGAGAAUAAAGAAAAAUAUCAAUUUGGAGAUAAUAAGUUGAUCCAAUACUAAAUUCUUAGAGCUAACAUUAUAAGAAUUGUAUGGUUGACAGUAAGGAGAAUGACAAACUUGAACUGGGAGUUAAAGGGUUCAUGGUUAUUUUAAGGCUUGUUUGCGCAAUGCAAGGCUUCAUAGUAUCCCAUGUCAUUCAUGAAUUGUCUCGAUCUGCCAUUUGUAAUCUCCUUUCUUGGCUUUUUAUUUUAGGCUCUGCUUCGUUUGGCAAGCCAAACAGCUUGUCUUUAUCACCUAAAACACUCAACUCCUCUAUUGAAUGCCACAGUACGAGGAUUUUCUUGGAUAUGGAUAACAUUGUACAUAACUUUACAUACCCCAGGAGAGAGGGGUUCACUUGUGGUGCCAGUACUUGCAGCAUUCUGGUUAUACGGUUUUUUCAUAUUUCUUCCUGCACUCUUAACAGAUUUCUUUUUGAUAUUUUGAUACAAGAAAAAUAAGUAAGAUACCAUAUUUCCUUGAAUAAGCACCUAUGCUCUAAUAGGUGUCCCUCCUCCUUAGAAUGAGCACCCACUCCUUGGGCCGUAAAAUCAAACAAGCACCCCCCUCAAUAUAAGUGCCCCACCGCCCUCACUUCCUAAAUAGUUAGGAUACAAGGAAAACCUGUUUUAAUAAUUGCCACUUCGUUUAUAACUUUUGAAGCUUCUACUGCGACUGAUUUGGCACAGGGCCUCCUCUCGAUUAUGCACCCUCCCUCUGAUAAGCACCCCUGGCUGUGAUUUCAAUAAGAAGCAUAGUUUGGUUUCUGAAAAAGUUCUCAAUGCCUCCUCAUAGGGCAGUCUUCGAAAAGCAUCUCCUCCUGCCCAAAUCUUACGAAUUCUCAUUCCAGUGGAUUGUUCACAAUAGCCCUUCCCCAGCCACCAUUAGCCCCUGUAAUUUUUCCAAAACGAAUUUUGAAACUUUGGCCUUAAAU